UGAAUGGAGGCCCAAGAUGGCGGCGCACUGACAGCGUAACAUUUGCGUUUCUAGGAUCUUCGGGCUGCUGGUGGCUUAAGACUCUGGGGUUGUAGAGGCCCACACUAGACUAGUCGUCUGGAAGCAACUUAGACCUCAGAGAUGGCUCUGAGUAAAUCAAUGCAUGCAAGAAAUAGAUACAAGGACAAACCUCCUGACUUUGCAUAUCUGGCUUCCAAAUAUCCAGAUUUUCAGCAGCAUGUUCAGAUAAAUCUGAAUGGAAGAGUGAGUCUUAAUUUUAAAGACCCUGAAGCAGUCAGAGCUCUGACUUGUACUCUCCUAAGAGAAGAUUUUGGACUUUCUAUUGAUAUUCCGCUGGAGAGACUAAUUCCCACAGUUCCCUUGAGACUCAACUAUAUUCAUUGGGUAGAAGAUCUGAUCGGUCAUCAGGACUCUGACAAAAGUACUCUCCGAAGAGGAAUUGACAUAGGUACUGGGGCAUCCUGCAUCUAUCCUUUACUUGGAACAACCUUAAAUGGCUGGUAUUUCCUUGCAACAGAAGUAGAUGACAUGUGCUUCAACUAUGCAAAGAAGAAUGUGGAACAGAAUAACUUAUCGGAUCUUAUAAAAGUGGUAAAAGUACCACAGAAGACACUCCUGAUGGAUGCUCUUAAAGAAGAAUCUGAGAUAAUCUAUGACUUUUGCAUGUGCAACCCUCCCUUUUUUGCCAAUCAGUUGGAAGCCAAGGGAGUAAACUCUCGAAACCCUCGAAGACCCCCACCUAGCUCAGUAAAUACAGGAGGGAUCACAGAGAUCAUGGCAGAAGGAGGCGAAUUAGAGUUUGUUAAAAGGAUCAUCCACGACAGUUUACAGCUUCAAAAAAGAUUAAGGUGGUAUAGCUGUAUGCUGGGAAAGAAAUGCAGCCUGGCUCCUCUGAAGGAAGAACUUCGAAUACAAGGGGUUCCUAAAGUCACCUACACUGAAUUCUGCCAAGGUCGGACAAUGAGGUGGGCUUUGGCUUGGAGUUUUUAUGAUGAUGUAACAGUACCAUCACCACCAAGUAAGCGAAGAAAAUUAGAGAAGCCAAGGAAACCCAUUACGUUUGUAGUAUUGGAAUCUGUGAUGAAAGAAUUAUCCCUCAAAGCAUCGUCUUUGGGCUCUGAGACAGUGGAAGGCAUAGUAGUUGUGACAACAUGGAUUGAAAAAAUUCUCACCGAUCUGAAGGUCCAGCAUAAACGAGUUCCCUGUGGAAAGGAGGAAAUUAGCCUUUUCCUAACAGCCAUAGAAAACUCCUGGAUUCACUUAAGGAGGAAGAAAAGGGACCGAGUGAGACAACUGAGAGAAGUUCCCCGAGCUCCCAAGAACGUCAUCCAAGCCUUGGAAGAGAAAAGGUCCCCCGCUAAAGAGUCUGGCAAGAACCAAGACUUGGCUCAGGGUCCCCAGGAGAGUGCUCUGUGUGGGCCUGCUCUACAGGAAGGCGAGUCUGCUACUGUGGAGGGCCAUGGCCCAAACCAGGACUCGCUUUCCCAGGAGGAAAACCCAGAACCCAUGGAGGAUGAAAGGAGUGAGGAAAAGGGAGAGAUGGAGGUUUGGGAAAGUUGUAAAGGCUCCAGUAAUGGAGCCCAGGACCAAGAGGCUUCUGAGCAAUUCAGCAACCCAGUAUCUGAAAAAGGGAACCAUCUCCAAAGAGUGGCUGGAUGUUACCUAUUCAAGUGUUUGAUAAACGUUAAGAAGGAGGUAGAUGAUGCCUUAGUUGAAAUGCAUUGGGUUGAGGGCCAGAACAGGGAUUUGAUGAACCAGCUUUGUACUUAUAUACGUAACCAAAUUUUCAGGCUUGUUGCUAGUUAACUCCAAACUCUUUGCACAGUAAAGCAGCUUGCUUUGGAGUGUGGCCUGUGGGGUGGCAAGCUGAAUCCCACCAUUGGCCUGCUGGAAUUAUCUGAAACAAAUUAAUCCAUUUUAAACAUCCCCCUCCCUUUUUUUUUAAGUUAACAGGGCCCUGUAGUAUGGUAGUUCAGAGGAAGAAUUGUGAUUAUUUGCAUCAACAAAAAGCCAUCAGUAAACUCACAAGGGAUUUAAACCUGACUUAAGCUGAUCACCUUAGCUUUAGACUGGUUUUCUGAGGCCAAAAGGAUUAUUUUUGCAGUCUGAUCCUGGUCAGAACUUACAGAGCAUCACACUCAGUCACCCCUGGUUGCUUCCUGAGAAGGGGUGACUUUCUCAACCCCCUGGUGGAGGUGGUAUACCAGAUAGCCCUGUACCUUCUUCUAAAGUCACCUUCAAGACUGAAGACUUUGGGUACAUAUAGUUGAUGACCCCUGUGUCAGUCCUGAGAAGGGAACUGGCCUAAUGGUAGGUGGCGGGAGAGUCAGGGAGAGAAAGCUCAGUAAUGCCAGGAAGAAGGGCCAAUCAGGAAGCGCCUGGAAACGUCGGAAACAUCGGCAUAUUCCUGACUCUUGUCUGUUUUGAUGUUGGUUAUUUCAGAAACAGAAUUAGGGAAUCAAAACUGCCAGAUGUGACUGAGAUACAGCAGAAUGAAGCCAUACCCCUACCUCCAACCUGUUUAAAGUACUAUUUUGUAGCAGUUUUACUGGUGUGUGAUAUUUUUUAAUUUGUUUCGACAUUUGAAGUGGAGCUAAUAUAAGAGUAUUCAGAAUUGAAAACUGUCAAUCCUGUUUGAAUCCUGGGGUUGGGGAAAAUAUUUUCUUGGCUUUGAAUGGAUAGGUGAUUGAUGAUAGAAAUAAAAAUGGAGUAAGACAGUUA